AUGUCUUCCAAUCCCAUCACGUCUGUUCCUGAACCCGGUGCCUCCAAAUCCGGCAAAGGCAACGGAGAUCCUUUGGCCUCUGUCAUCACGCAGGUCCAGCCUGGACAAGCACCGACAGGAGCUGUGAGAGCUGGACCAGCUAGGCCCACCAAAGUCUCCAAGACCCAGGGAGCUGCUGGAGGCAAGAAAAAGAAGAAGAAGCGCGCAGAAGGAGAGGGUGGAGAGCAGACUGACGCUACUGCGGGUACAGGCCCUGCAGAGGGAGCAGAGGAGGAGACGAACGCGGGACAUACCGCCGAAGGCGUCCCUGCUGCUGAAGCAGCAUCUUCCUCAGCAGGUGCGCAGGCUGAAGAAGUCAGUCAUUCGCAUCAAGCCUCUUCGACGCUCGUCAGUAGCACCACUGGACAUGUCCAACAAGCAAGUGAUCCGCUCAGCAGUGCAGCAGGCGCGGGUGCAGCGGCCAAGGAUUCUGCACCUGUGCCCAUCCCCAGCGAGAAACAAGAUCUGACCGGUGCAGCGCAGAGCAUUGUGCCAGGCAAAGUUGUCGAGCAAAAGGAAAACACACAAGCAGGCAGUGACGUCAAGACCCCAGCUAAGCCUAAACCUACAGCAUCCGCUGUCGCCCAGAAUGAUACAAAGGGCAAGUCGAAAGCCAAGGAUACGCCACCAAAGAAGAAGUCCGGUCUAGGUCGGUUAAUUGCUAUCCUCACUUGCAGUAGCGGUGCUGCAGAUGUGGUUGCCGCAGAGCGAGACCCUUCUGGUUCCAGCCGGACCAGAGAAGCUGCAGGCGGCGUCAAAGGUGAUGCGACGGGCAAGAGCGCCAAAAGCAAGGCGAAGACUGCGGACGCUACCAGCAAGCUGUCUCCUCAGGCUGCUCUGGGCAAGCCUGGCUCCUCACGGACGAGCUCGAGAAGAGGCUCUUUUGAGCGCGGUUCGGUCGGCACGGCAGCUCCUGGCGGUGGCACAAAGCUCCCGCGCGAAGAGACGGGCGAUGUCAUGUCUGGCGCCGUAGUACCUCCCGGUUCCACUUUCGUUCACCGCGAAGGUGACGACGCAGCUUCGGCAACUCCUACACCUUCGAAGCGAGGAGCGGUCCAACGGGAAGGCGACAGCGAUGAGGAGGAGGAAGAGGAGGAUGAGGAUGAGAUGGCAGAGUAUGACGAAGAUGAGGAACACAAUGAAGAGCAAAGACUCAUCAUGCAAGGAGGUGUUGGCAUACCCCGUGACGAGGUGAGUGGACGUGGAGGAGAUUCUUGAUCAGUUAAAUGUUAACGUUGGUGUGACUCCGCAUUUGGCUUUUAGCACGGCAACGAGUGCCCGUUGCUUGGACCCAUCAUCACCGAGGAUCACGGGCGCAAAUGCCUGGUACUCGAUCUCGAUGAAACUCUCGUACACAGCAGCUUCAAAGUGAGUUGAAGACGUGGUUGUGCUUGGCCUAAAUGUGUCCCACUGAAGUCAUCUCUGGAAUCCACUCAAAGAUGAUACCAAACGCAGACUUCAUCGUUCCUGUUGAAAUCGAGGGCACAGUACACAGCGUCUACGUCAUCAAGCGACCAGGUGUUGACGAGUUCAUGCGGCGCAUGGGGGAAAUUUACGAAGUCGUCGUCUUCACGGCUUCAUUGGCCAAGUACGCCGAUCCGGUGCUUGACAUUUUAGACAUUCACCGAGUGGUACGACAUCGGCUGUUCAGAGAAUCGUGCUACAACCACAAAGGCAAUUACGUCAAGGACUUGAGCCAAUUGGGAAGAGAUAUCGGAGAAUCGAUUAUCAUAGACAACUCUCCCGCGUCUUAUAUCUUCCAUCCAAAGAACGCGGUACCCAUCUCCAGCUGGUUCAAUGAUCCACACGACACAGAAUUGACGGACCUCUGCCCCUUCCUAGCCGAUCUGAGCGACGUCUACGAUGUCCGAACCGUACUCGAUGGCGCGCUCUAA